AUGGCUUCGACUUUGAACUCGGUGCCAGCUGCAAACAGCGCCUCUGGCAAUGCUGUCAACAGCUCAUCACAGAACUCUGGCAGACCUUCUCUAAGAUCGAGCGGCAACACAAAGGGGGAUGGCCGCCGACAAUCUGGCAGUCCCGUGGAUGGUGGUCAACGGCGCACAAACAACCACAAGGCUUGGACUCAAGGGACCAACCCCAUUACCCAACGCUCCUCAUACGCUUCUCCGAAUGGCAAUGUGACUCGGCAGUCUGGCUCCCCUCGACCGGGCCAGAAGGAGUCUAACACCCCCGACAGCCAUGCUCACGACCGACUAGUAUUCCUAUUUGCCAGCUUCAUUGGCCUAAACACUACCAUUACUACAAAGACCGGGGAGAAGUUUACUGGCAUCUUCUCCUCCUCGAACUUGGAAGCGAGUGAUUCCUCAUUCCUUCUCAAGAUGGUGCAGCGCGCUACUCAAGAGAACCAGGGCAAAGCCAACGGUGUUAGUGACACGACCACUUCGUACGUUGGAUCUGCUCCGGAGCACAGCAUGGCAUUUGAUAUUAAGGACGUGGCCGAUAUUUCUGUGCCUAACGUGGUCCCGGCUGAGGUCUCGGUCAAGGAAUCGAAUGGAGCUGGUGGUUUCCGAACCGAUGCUGAUAUCUCCGGAAACCUGACCAUGCGGGAGCGUACUCUGAAGCGCUGGGAACCCGCCGAGCAUGAGGUGGAUAUGUCUUUGGAGAGUACGACUGGUGACAGCAAAGGCUGGGAUCAAUUCGAGACGAACGAGCGCCUUUUCGGCGCAAAGACCAGUUAUGACGAGAACAUCUACACAACCCGCAUUGACCGCUCGGACCCGACCUACCGCCAAAAGCAGGUCGAAGCCGCUCGCAUUGCGGCCGAAAUUGAGGGCACCGAGGUAGACAAUGCCCACAUGCGUGAGGAGAGAGGUCUGGUAGCUCCAGAUACCGGUGAUCAAGACGAGGAAGACAAGUACAGUGGAGUGCAACGUGAGAACAAGUCCUUCCCGCCCUUGGUCUCUGGACAACCCAACAAGUAUACUCCUCCUGGUCGCCGCCAAGCCGGAGCUCAACCUGUUAUUCCGGCUAAGCAAGCCCCGACUCCUCCUGUGCCCGCUCCAACUCAAACCAAGGAGGUACCCCUCGCGGAGAAGCCACAGCCUGCCGCAGCUCCCAAGGCUGCUACAGAGAUCGAGCAAAAGGUUGAACCUAGCAAGUCUAUCCCCGUUCCUGCUGCUGCCCCCCUCGCCAAGCAACCGCGCCCUAUUCCCGAGAAUGCCACCGCCAAUGUCGAGACAGAGGUGCUCGAUCACUUCCGCCAGUUCGCCAACAGUGAGAAGUUGAAGAUGCAGGAGCGCCGUCGUAAUCAGGCUUCUUAUGAUCGCACGGUCAAAUUGAACGAACUGAUGAAAUUCUCCAAGAACUUCAAGCUUUCAACUCCAGUGCCCAAGGACUUGGUGCCCAUUCUCGCCAAGGAUCCUCACAAGCAAGAAGCCAUCAUCAGCCGCGCCCAGCAGUCGGACGAUAAAGCUUCGCCGAAAGCUGCCACGCCGGUCACCGAACAGAAGCCCGCGAACUUCCCCCGUGGCCGUCAGGGUUAUCUUCCAACGGGUCCUCUCGCAGGACCAAGUGGUCGGUACCCCCAGCAGCCCAUGCAGGCAGGUCGCCCAGGAACUGGCAUGCUCAGCCACCGACUCGCGGACAAUCUUCAGCAGCGCAAGGGUGCAGGCAUGGCACCUGUUCCUGCCCCACUGCCUAUCCAAGAUGCUCGUGUGCCUCCUACUGGCCCUGCGAGUGAGCAGCCUCGUGUGACAAGCCCUGUCAAGACUCAACCCCCCACAACUACCGCAGCCCCGAAAUUCAAUGUUCGCGCUAUGGAGUUCAAGCCUAACCCGGCUGCCAGCACUUUUACUCCUGGCGGUCCUGCUCCUGCUGCUGCUGCUGCUCCCCCUACUGCGCCCGCUGCGGCUGCAAGCGCUGCCAGCGCUGCAAGCCCCCGUCCUUUCUCUCGAAACCGCUCCGUGUCCCGUGCGACCACCCCGUCAGCAUUCUUUGGUAUCAAGAAGCCAGUGCCAGCCUCGGAACGCCCCUCGAUCGAUGACCAAUUCAACCCGAUCAAGCGGAUGAAGAAGGAGAGUGCUGAGACUGCGGAGAACAAGCCUUACCCGCAUCCCCCCUCCUUACAAAACUGCGCCCACAUGGGAUUUCCCCCGGGCAACGAAGAGAAAAACUUUGAGGCGAUGUUCAAGCAGCCGGGUGCCGUGCCCUCGGUCUCGCCUCAGGGCCGGUCUGUUUCUAACAACCCGAACCUCCCCCAGCAACAUCAGUUGCCCUUCCACUUCCAGCAGGGCAACCCCGGUAUGCCUCCUUCCUCUGGCCCUCCUAGUGGUCCUCACGUUCAUCAAGUCCCUCAUGGCCCCGGUCCCCACAUGGAAGAUCAUCACCGCAUGCAGCUAUCUGCGUCCUCGUCGCAGGUUUUCCCUUCGCCUCGCAUGAGCCAGAGCCACGUUGGCUAUCCUUCACCCAUGGCUCCUCACGCUCAGCUCGCUUUCGGACAGCCGAUGCCGCAGUUCUAUGGGGGCCCUCAGCCGGGACACAUGAGGCAUUAUCAGAAUGGUCCUCAAUUUUCUGGCCCGCAAGGUAGUAUGGGAGCUCCCAUGAUGGUGCAAAAUCCCUCCAAUGGACCCUACAUGGGUGUUCCUCAAAACAUGUCGCCUUAUACUCCGCAGAUGCAAAUGUACUCACCUUCCCCCGGCCAUGCUUAUCCCCAGCAUGCGCCCCCGCCCCAACCCCAUAGCGGCUAUCCCAGCCCCAGCCGUGGCGCGCCUAUGAUGAUGCACCAGAACUCGCAGUCUGGUCAGCCUCCACAGCAAAUGAUGUUCAUGCCUCAGGGCCAGCCAGGACAGCCCGGAUUCGGCGCUCAGCCAGGUCACAGUGAGUCUCCCCGCCCAGUAUGGAACGACUUGGUCGCUCAUUCUCCUGGAUUAGUGCCCGCUGGCCGUGGUGGUUACCCCCAACAGCAACCUCACUUCUCCUCGAGUCCCCACCAGGCACACCAUUUCCCGCCUAACCACCGAACGCCUAGCAACGGCUAUAACCAAACCCCUCAGAUGCCCCCUCAAAUGUCGACCAACGCCCCCGCUAACGCCGGAGCCGGCUCUCACGCCGCCGAGCCCACCGACGAAAGCAAAUGA